AGUCGUGCUGCAUGUACCUAAUGUCAUAUAUAUCGUCACCUUUACAACCAUACUCAAUAACUUUACUCAUACACUUCCAGACACCUCUAAUGGGUUCUCUGAAUGCUUUCAGUAGCCCGUGGAGGCAAAAGCUCUGCGCACCCCACACAUAUGUUGAUGAACUUCCAGAAUACCGCACGCAAUCUCAAGUAGACUCCUUGAUCACAACAUCACAUCCGCAUUCCUUCGAACUUGGAACCGGGGCCUCGAUCUAUACCAACACGAUUCUUCCUGCAAUCCUCAAGGCACGGUUUGAGGUUAUCUUAGUCACCUGCUUCUGGGCACCAUCAUCCACGCUUACGGCGUUGAAAGACGCGCUAGAGCAGCUUGCGAGGCGACGCGCUCAGCUCAUGAAGGAAAGCGGGCCGGAUGCUGAUGUCGCCCAGCCGCUGCGCGUGCGCAUAUGCUUCUCCUCGAGAUCUCUAUUUCAGAAGCUGUUUCACACGACCUCCAAAGAAGGGUAUGUCUAUCCACCGGGGAAAUGGCCGACUCAACUUGGACUGCCACAUCCGGAUGUGUUGAGGGCGGGCGCGAUUGAGCUUCAGGUCAAGAGUCUGUUCUUCUUGCCCUUCAGUGUGAUGCACCCGAAGUUUGUCAUUGUCGAUCGUCAGAGAGCCUGGUUGCCAAGCUGCAAUGUGAGCUGGGAAGCGUGGCUUGAAGGUUGUGUGGAGAUCACUGGCGAUGCUGUUAAUGGGCUUUUGGCAUUUUAUCGAGACACCUGGGACCGAAGUCUUGAUAUAACCAGCCGCGCCGCAGAGCAGGCCUUCAGCCAACCAAGUAUUGUACCAAUCAACAGGCCCCGGGCAGUAUCUAUUGGUCUAACUUCUAUCCAAAGCCCGGCCAGACGGAUUGCUGCGAUUGAGGGCAAAGCAACGCCAACCGUGUUACUGCCAUCCUCACAUCAUCGAAACCCAUGUUAUCGGCCUUUGCCCUGGUCCGAGCAUCCAGCGCCUCCAUCGACACCACUGAAUAGUGCGAUUGUUAUGCUUCUGGACAUGGCUGAACAGUACAUUUAUAUGCAGACACCAAAUCUAACAAGCGCUGUUGUUAUAGAUGGAAUUCUCGGUGCAGUGCAACGUGGGGUGGAAGUAACCAUAGUGACAAGCAAGGGAAUGAUGUUGCUAGAGCAGAUUGUCACAGCUGGAACGACGACGUCAAUCUGCAUUCGAUCGCUAAUCGGGCGCUAUAACCAGCUCGUCAAGAGCACAUCAAAUUCUCGACCAGCGGGCAGCGCGGCGAGCUCUGAGCCCAUGAUUGAUCUUGAGGCUGGAAUUCGAAAGAUUGGACGCCUCAGAAUCUCAUACUUUCAUGCUGAUGAUCAAAACCAGAGACAAGGUGCAGCGGAGGAGCCAGUUCAAUCUCAUCUGAAGCUCAGUAUAAUUGACAAACAGUACACAGUAUUGGGGUCUGGGAAUAUGGAUCGUGCAAGCUGGUUCACCAGUCAGGAACUUGGCAUAUUAUUCCACUCAUCUGAGUUCGCCACGGUGGUGAGCGAGACUGUCAGAGAUGGGUUAAAAGGCAGGGCAGAUGUUGUCUUUGAUUCGCAUAGAAUGGUAUAAUGAUGGCUGAUAAGAUGAACUUCUUUUAUUCAAUUCGUUAGGGCAAGAGAAGAAGAACUCCCCUCCCCCAAAGAAAAACA